ACAAAAGGCGCUUACGGAAAUGUCGCUCAGAUUUACGGUUAAUCGUAUCAACGAACGAGUAAACAAAAUAACUGUUAAAAAGUGCAAUUUUCCGGUUUUGCUAUGGAUUUCGAUGAAUAGAAUCUUUCUUCGCCGUAGUUAAAUGUAAUAUCCGCAAAUCGGAUGCCUCCCAAUAAAUCACUAAACUGUGCUGGAAACCGGAAAAAUAUUAGAAUGAGUGGUCUUUUCAAAAUACCCAAUGCCCCCAGCGCUUCGCGUGGGCGCCCUACCGUAAUCCGUAAAACGCCACAGGUUGCUGUGCCGGCGCAGCUGAACUCUGCGCAAUCAACUUUCAGGGGAAAUACGGUGAAACCUUCCAGUGUAUGUAACGGAAAUUCGGUGGACAAAUUGAUGGACAUAGAUGAGUCAUUGUUGAACGCUGUUGAUCUUGCCGCUAUCGAACAAAUUGCGAGCACGCCGUCCGGAUCGAUGACGGGUAAAACUAUCCCGAAGCAGAUACCGGACAGAAUGGGGAAUGUGGUUUUGAAAGAAAGUCGUUUGCAUCCUCGAUCACCGGAGGUGUCAUCCCCGAGGAGGAAAAAGUCACGCCUCAAAACUAGUUUUAUCACACUGGAUAUGGGAUCUGCUUCCAAGCGAAGCCAAAGAACAUCCGCUCUAGAGCGGGAUAUUUCCCGUCUGGACCGAUUUCUACCUACCCAACAAAAACCGAAUAAAACCAAAUCGGAAACGUUUCCUCCAAGGCAGGAACUAACUCCGUUCAUUACGUCGACUCAACUGAACUCUGGCGGAAAGGCGGUACGAGAUCCGGAACCGGUCGUUCCUAAGGUGACAACCGACGAUCUUUUCGGCUGCGAAUCGCUUAUUUUUGAUUCCGAGGUAAAUCGAAUUUUAAACGACGAUGGUCCGGAAAUAGCCGCGGUUGCUGCUGCUGCUGAAGAAGAAGAGGAGGAGGAAUUGUUUCCUUGUUACCAGAAAGUAGAUGAGGUAGACGUCAAUUGUAGUCAACUGUUUCUGGAAGAGGUGGACCGAUACGGAAAGAAAGCCAUUACCAGAAUCGGGACCCCGUUGAAUUCCAGCGAAACUUACUCGAUCGUAAAGAAUAAAAAGCUCUGUUCGCAAUAUAUUCGAUUGGAACGAUCCAUGCUGGAGGAGAACCGAGCGAAUCUGGUGGAUGAUCAGGUUAAUAGUCAAUUGGCGAGCGAAUACGAUUCCACGCAGAAGCAGAGAGAAAUCGAGAACGUUUUUCAGGAGUUUGAGCGGACGAUGGCCGAUAUGAGGAAUAUCGUUCAGCAACCUGACGAAGUCGUCGAAGAAGCUCAAGCGUUAGCCAGAAUUGAUUGGGAAGAGAAUGUGACUAUUGCGGGGGAUAGGAGUCCUGCGAGGACGAUGGACAGGUCUCGUUUGAAUAGUAUCUUCAAUAAGAGACCAUCGCUGGGGGCCAAUAAUAUGGGUGAUUCUCCGAAGGUUGUGGCGAGGAAGUCGGCUCCGCUGGUUUCAUCCCAUUUUCAGGAUAAGGGUCCAUUUUUCGGGCUGCCGAGCACCGUUAGAAACCUACUAAGGGAGUAUCGAGGAAUUAAGGAGAUGUACGACUGGCAGAAGGAAUGUCUCGGUCUGACGGCGAUUGUCGAACGAAACAACCUGAUCUAUGCCCUACCGACAAGCGGCGGUAAAACACUGGUGGCCGAGAUAAUCAUGUUCCGGGAGGUUAUGCUGCGACGGAAAAAUGCCAUGUUCAUAGUUCCAUAUGUUUCGUUAGCUCAGGAGAAACUAGCAGCUCUUUCACCGUUUGCCGUUGCGAUGGAAUUCCUGGUGGAAGAGUACAGCGGGGGUAAGGGUGUUAUUCCUCCGAGGAAACGUAAAAAGAAGCAAUCGAUUUUUGUUUGUACGAUCGAGAAAGCUCUGGUUCUGCUGGACAGUUUGAUCGAGGCGGAUCGGGCAAACGAGAUUGGGCUGGUGGUGAUCGACGAGCUGCACAUGAUCGGGGAGGAUCGACGGGGUGUUCAUUUGGAAAUUUUACUGACUAAGAUUAGGAUGAUUGAAGCUGGCAUUCAGGUCGUUGGGAUGAGUGCCACCAUUGGGAAUUUGGACGAAAUUGCCAGAUUCAUGUCGGCUGACAUCUACUGUCGGGACUUUCGACCGGUGGAACUAAAAGAAUACGUCAAAUGUGGAUGCGAUCUGUUGGAAAUUAAUAGUAAAGCUCGUACUUUGGAGGAUGCCUUCGGUUUGAAGCAGUCGGUGGAUUAUGGCUACACGGAAGAGCAGAAGCGGGUGGAUCCGGAUCAUGUGAUAGCGUUGGUGCUGGAAGUGAUACCGAGCGAUUCGUGUCUGAUUUUUUGUCCUACGAAACGGCAGUGUGAGCAGCUUUGCAACCUGCUGACGGAGCAUUUACCGCGGGAAUUGCUGGUCUAUAAAGCGACGGAGAAGGAAGAGUUGAUAAACAUGUUAAGAAAGGAUGGUUCCACGGCCCAACUACUACCGGCAGCGUUUCGAUUGGGGAUUGCCUAUCACCAUUCCGGGUUGACCCUGGACGAGCGAAAGCACAUCGAGGACGCCUACCGAGUGGGAAUCAUUUCGCUGAUCAUCUGCACAUCGACGCUGGCAGCUGGAGUCAAUCUUCCCGCUAAGCGGGUCAUCAUCCGUUCGCCAUUCAUUGCCACCAACUUUAUGACACUGAGCCGUUACAAGCAGAUGGUCGGUCGAGCCGGUCGUGCGGGGUUCGGUGAACAGGGCGACAGUAUACUGAUCUGCGCACAGAAGGACAUUUCCGCCGUUUGCAAUCUGCUCUGCUCGCCGAUGGAUGAGGCUAACUCUUCGCUGCACGCCGAUGAAUAUGCCCAUCUGAAACAUCUGAUUCUUAGUGCCGUUGGAUUGGGAAUGUGCAUCACACGCAACGAUAUUCAGCAGUUGGUGGCUAAAACUCUGUUGGCCAUUCAAUCUGAACGGUUGGGAAUAGAUCUUCGCAAAGUGACGGAUCGAGCAAUAGGGACGCUGUACAAGGAGAACGCAAUCAAAGCUAAAAGCGAUGGUUGUCUGCGUAAUCCAGCGAAUAUGACCAUCCGGAUCGAUGGAGCGGAUGGGAGUCAAAGUGAGCUAGGCUUGACAAGAUCGACUGCGAUUGGGGAUAUUAACGUGGUGCGUGGAGCUGAAGGAUCGUCACAGGAAGGAAAACUAGUCAAAACGCUGCAUAAAAAUUCCCGGCUGGAGGUUAAUCGACUGGGCAAGGCUGCCAUACGGGCUGGAUUCCAUAUGGACAAAGCGAUUCGUUUCUACGACGAAUUGAGGCGGGUUGGAGAACGACUGAAUGUGAUGGACGAACUCCAUCUGCUGUAUGUGAUAGUGAUGGAAGAUGGCGGAGAGAUUCGGCCCAGCAAUUCGGAUUACGUAGCAUUUUUUAAUCAACUUUCACCAGACGACACCGCAUUGGCGAAACGAUUUCACAUAGGAGACUUUACGAUAUCAAAAAUACUCAGUAGAAGAGCAGUGCCGCCCGACAUCCUACCCUUGAUCCGACGCUUCUAUCGUGUUCUGAUCGUGUACGAACUGUGGAACCUAAAAUCCCCCCAGCAGGUCGCCCUCAAAUACAAGGUGGACGCCGGUUCCGUACAAACACUGAUGAACGGAGCCGCUUCGACGGCAUCCAGCUUGCAGCGAAUGUGCGAGGAAAUUCAGGAACUGUGGGCUUUUCGGCUGUUACUGACGAGUAUGGUUCAGCGGUUAUCUCACUGCUGUACCGCCGAGUUGGUCCCGCUGAUGGAGCUGCCCGCUGUUAAAAUUGGUCGUGCACGACAACUGUACCGAGCAGGAUUCACUUCCUUGACUUCGAUUGCCAAGGCGAGAUCACGGGAUUUGGUUGAAUCAGUCGAGCAUAUGAGCUAUCGGACGGCGAAUCAGCUGAUUUUGAGUGCAAAGGCAAAACUGAUGGAAGAAGUCGAAGCUCUCAAGGAUCAAGUCGAAGACUAUCUGGCAUUACUACACGAUCGGUAAUGAACUCACAAUCGAUGAAGCAAAUAAUCUUUUUUGUUCAACUCUACUGGGUAUUUUAUUCCAAAAGUUUAUUUGCCGAUGUUAGAGUAGAGCUGCAAUAUUGUAACGUAAAAUAGUCAUUAGUCGCCUCUUUGCAAAAUUAUAAAGUGUUCUAACGAUUACUAGGGUUAUUUUGCCCUUGAGAACAAUUUUGGUUUUUUUCUUGUUUCUCUAUUGCGUAAUUACUGUUGCAAUGAAAUACAGAUUUAUCGUUUUGUUUUUUUUAUACAAAAAAUUGUUCCUCCACAAAAAAUUUUACUAUCAAUGUCCCCUCUGCGUCCGUGGAAUUUCUAACGGCUAAUAAUAAAUAACACAACUAGUAAACAAUCAACACACAUUGUAACCAUUCCAAUCCCGUUUUGAUAGCAACAAAAAACAAUUCUACCGAUAAGGGCACCCCACAGUUAAUUAACCGGGUCAAUGUGUUGUGCGUUAC